CUGGCUAAUGACAGAGAAGAAAGCAACGGGAUAUGGGAAAUUUCUAUGGAUUGAAAUUGAUUACAAUGUCCCUGGGGGGUCGCUAUAGCGAUUAGCGGGGCCGUCCUGCUUGGUUCUUGACCUAGCUCUUGUCUUCAUCCAAAAGCAAAGGGCGAAGUUUCUCACCAUCCCGGGUGCUGCUUAAAAUAAUAACGCAAUUUCUGUUUCUUAUCUUCGUCUUCUGGGAUCAGUUAAGAAAAGAAAUUCCAGGUUGUAUCACGAUGGAUACUAUCUGUGAUGCUGCAAACUUUUCAGAGUUUUUCCUUGAUGAGGUUUUUGAGAGAUAAUCAAAGAGUGAAGAGAAGAUGGGUAAUCUGUUAUGUUGUGUACAAGUUGACCAAUCGACGGUGGCUAUCAAGGAAAGAUUUGGCAAAUUUGAUGAAGUACUUCAGCCAGGAUGCCAUUGCUUGCCUUGGUGCCUUGGAAGCCAGCUUUCUGGGCAUCUCACUCUUCGGUUGCAGCAAUUGGAUGUGAAGUGCGAGACCAAGACAAAGGACAAUGUUUUUGUCAAUGUGGUUGCAUCCAUUCAAUACCGUGCCCUGGCUGACAAGGCAAGUGAUGCCUUCUACAAACUCAGCAACACAAGAACCCAAAUCCAAGCUUAUGUUUUUGAUGUAAUCAGAGCUAGUGUCCCAAAGCUUAACUUGGAUGAUGCUUUUGAGCAGAAAAAUGAUAUUGCCAAAGCUGUGGAAGAUGAACUUGAGAAGGCUAUGUCUGCUUAUGGGUAUGAAAUUGUACAAACACUUAUAAUUGAUAUUGAACCAGAUGAGCAUGUGAAGCGAGCAAUGAAUGAAAUUAAUGCAGCUGCAAGGAUGAGGGUGGCAGCUAAUGAGAAGGCAGAGGCUGAGAAAAUCUUGCAAAUUAAACGAGCUGAGGGUGAGGCCGAGUCUAAGUAUUUGUCUGGUCUGGGUAUUGCUCGCCAGCGUCAAGCUAUUGUGGAUGGCUUGAGAGACAGUGUGCUAGGCUUCUCUGUUAAUGUGCCUGGGACCACAGCAAAGGAUGUCAUGGACAUGGUACUUGUUACCCAGUAUUUUGACACCAUGAAAGAAAUUGGUGCUGCCUCAAAAUCGUCUGCCGUGUUCAUCCCACAUGGACCUGGUGCAGUUCGUGAUGUAGCUACUCAAAUCCGUGAUGGCCUUCUUCAGGGUUCUAGUCACCAGUAGUGUUGUUGAUUUUCCAUGUGUAUGCCACUAAUAAGUUCGCGCAUGGGCGCUGAUAUUUAUAUGCAAGUUGUUCAGUGUACUAUAAUCCAACAUGAGUCACUGUCAUAUUAGUUUGUGAACAAUGAUUAUCACUGUUAAUAGGAAGUUUGAAGAUGUCCCAAGUAUGUUAAGUUGAUCAUUUCGAAACUAUGUAAGUUGUCCCAAGUACUGUCAUAUUAUUUCUGAUCGUGAAACUUGAGAGUUGUUCAUUCCGAAACUU